GUCCCAGGAUGUACAGUAUGUUGCUCUCAGUGCAGUGCUACAGGCGGGGCUUCUGACUGAGGGUAUGUUAGGCGUUGCUUGGAAACGAAAGCCCUGCCUGCCUGCUCCGGGCUCCUCUAGGAAGCAGUGCACGGCCCGGACAGGGCUCAAUUGCUUCUGGAAUUCACUAUAAACAUGUUAAAGGACAUGAGCAACCCUGGUAAUCUAAUAAGGACGAAAAAGCAAGAGUAUCCCAUGCAGGAGGAGAGGCUAAACACCAAGAAGCUGAACCAACUGUACAAUGACAGACUGAAGGCUCUAACCUUGUUUCCCACUCAGUCUGAUCGUACUUUUCAUCUGAAAGAUACCCCCCACAGAGGAAUAUCUGCUGCACAAGAUAAAAGUAAUAUCAAGAAAGAGAUCAAUGAAAGUAUUUUCAAAGAUGAUACCUACAUAAUACCUACAUUACUGGAUGGUACUCACAUUCCAGGUAUUCAUCCAGAUGCUGUGUGUGAGCUAGUAAAAAGGAGGCUGAAUACCACCUUGGUACUGAAUAUUGGUUCUAAAGAAGAGCGACAAAUAUUUGAGGACAUUAUUCUCAGUGAAGUGAAAGUUUUCUGUGAUACCAUGCCACAUGUUAUUUGCACUGGGUCCUUUACUACAAGGGAAAAGCAACAAUUAUAUCGCCGUCUCAUCACACAUCUGCUGAUUGUCUCUGAACAUCUCUUCAUACACUACUUGCAGAAUAUGGAGCUGAGUAAAUCACAAUCUGUUUUUUCAGAAGAAGCCAAUUUAAUACGUUUCAAAGCACAGCUGUUACUUGAUUGUUCCAAAUUCUUUAAUGUUAUUUCAGUCAGGCAGCAUCUGAUCAAUGAGAUAAAUGGACUAAAAGGCAAAGAAGCAGUACUCAAGGAGUCGAAUAAAGAAUUCAAUGAUACUGCUUUUCAAUCCCCGGAACAGAGGCAUGCCAGAACCUUUAACUUCAGAAGUUCAUACUCACCAUUUACUAUGAAAUACUUUAUAAGAAUUGGCAAACCAAAAGAAGUUAUUUCUAAAUCAAAAAGAGAAACAGACCUAAUACAGAUUCAGAACAUUCAACACCUGAAUUUAAAAGAAGUAUAUAAACUAAUUCCUAGGCAAGAGGACCUUAGCAAGCCUGCACAGCCUGUGCAAUGUGAAGCAGUAUCAACGCCUUGUCCAUUUACACUGUCAGGAAAACAGGAAACAAUAGAGAAAGAGACUCAUGCAAAAGUCUGCAGUUUAAAGCUUUUAAAGCAGAAAUCUCAUUCAUGCUUUGACCUGAGAAUUGGGGACUUGCUGGCCGCUGAAUUGGGCAUUGCCUUAAAGCCACGUGCUUCAGAGUGCCCAGAGAUUUGCAGCAUAGGAGAAACUCAGACUGUUCAAGGGGAUUGUGUGUAUGAGGACCUCAAAAGGCUAAUGAAAGACUCAUCCUUGCCAAGUUUAGAAAAUCAGGAAGAGAGUAUUUCAGAUGAAGACAUUCCUCCUUUGCUAAAAGCUUUAACAAAUGGUAGAGUGAAUCUAACAAAACUCAGGAAAAUGGAAGAUUUACUAAAGGAUUUAAAUGAGAGACAGAAGCAAGUGAAAGAACCUCGGAGGACACAAGCAUGCCUUCACCCUCAGGCCUGUUCAAUUGAUGUCAGCAUUCCUAACAGACCAAUAUUGAGAAGAGCUGAUGUUCAGGCCUCUGAAAGAGUUUUCAUCAACCAUACAGAUCUUUCACCAUAUCCCCCUGUGUACAAUGAUUUCUUAUCAGAGAUUGAAAGUAGCUCUGUGAAAAGACUGGAUCAGAGUCUCAGUGUUGGAAGUGAACUUGAAGAAGUUUAUGGAGAGCUCAUUAAUAAUAUUUCAACCGAUCACCUAAAGUUUGAUCAGGAUUUAUUAACAGAGCCUCAUGCUGUCAGUUUGGAUUUCUCUAAAUGUGUAUCAUCAGCAACACUAACAAGGAGAAAAAAACAGCGCGUGAUCAAUAAACAACUGGACUCUCUUGCCCCCUAUAACAGUUCAGGACAACCCUUACCUUUGGAUAAGGAAGUUUCCAGAACAAGUGACUCCUGGCUUGUUUGGUGGAAAUCAUCCAUCAGUUCUGAUGACUACAUGACCUAUUUACACUCUCAGCACCCGGACUAUCUGAAAGUGAUAUUCUAUUUAUAUAACAGUGAUUCUGAAGAUGACGGUCAAAUUGCUUUAAUGAAAGAAAAAGAACGUCAGAAAAGGGAACAAGACAAAAGACUUGCGGAACUCCGAGAACUAAAGGAAAAAUAUACACCUGGCAUGUGGAACAUUAAUAGUGUCAUGCUUGGAGGCCUUGGGAAAGAGCCUGUUGAUGAAGGUAUGGAACAUGACAUAAUGGAAUCUGCGUAUCAGAAAAAAAUUAAUGCGAUAUGGAAUGCACUACAUAUUCCUGAAGAGCAGAGACUGGAUAUGGCAAUUAAAUACAGCUUCAGUGAAUAUAGAGACAUUUUGCCACAGGCAAUAAACCAUUGGGAAAAGGUAACAGAACUUAUUAAGAAGAGAGAAAAGCUAUUGGCAGAACUUGAGAUGUUCGAAAGAACAGCUUCCGACCCCAACAGAUUCUUUCAGAAAGGCUACGAUGGAACAUCAAUGGCAAGGAUGAAAGAGUCUAAAGAAAGAGAAAAGUUGCACACUCAGUUGUCUAAUAUUGAACGUAAAGUACUUGAAGUAUUACAUCUUAUAAAGAAGUCAUAUAAUGAUAAAGUCAGUUUUAAAGGUAGACCUUACAAUGAAAAACUGCAAUGGGACAAAACAGAAAUGCUCUACUGGCUGCAGCAAGGUCGCAAUAAAAGUUUACUUGAGAAGGAUAUCCAAAAAGAAGCAAUACAUUAAACACACAGAAAUGCUAUUAAAAUAUGUUUUUAUGCCAAUAAAUAAAACCAAAAGCACUGAGAAAACCAGUGGUUUUAUAUUAGGGAACAUAUUUAUUAAAGGGCAAAAAAGCAACUCUCUAUUUAAAAUAAUUCCAGAAGACUAUACAUAAAAGGGUUUUGUUUUGGACUAAAACGCUAGACUAGAGAAUGCAGGUUGCAUCUCUAUACCAUCUUGGUUUCAUCUGUGCAUGAAAUACAUUUGUAAUAGUCAGAUAUGUAGGAAUUUCUAUAUUAGUUUUUGCAUCCCACUAUUCUGUACACUUAGCAGAUGAUGCUGAAUUUAUAAAAAUAAAUAAUAACACACA